GGGAUGUGGGAAGGGGUGGGGAGGAGGGGGCGCCCAGCCCUGCUCUGGGCCGCUCUUGUUCCGUCCACUCCAACACGGCGUCCUCCUGCGGGAGAGGGGAAGCAGGUCUGAGGACAUCACUGUGACCAGGCCAGAGACCUCCCGCCCCCAGCUGUUCCCAGGACCGACAUGAGGCCCGGCUCCCAGCACCCCCCUGGAGGGGCCCUGCUACUCCUGCUGCUCCUGCCACUUGGCUGCCUGGCCGACACCAGCUGCUACGGGAUCCCAGGGAUGCCCGGCCUGCCCGGGGCACCGGGGAAGGACGGGCAGGAGGGGCUGCCAGGGCCCAGGGGGGAGCCCGGAAUCCCGGCUAUUCCAGGGACACGAGGACCCAAGGGUCGGAAGGGAGAACCUGGCCUACCUGGCCAUCCCGGGAAAAACGGCCCCAUGGGACCUGCAGGUCUGCCGGGCCUUCCCGGCCUCACGGGCCCCCCUGGCGAGCCAGGCGAGGAGGGCAGGUACAAGCAGAAGCACCAGUCGGUGUUCACGGUCACCCGGCAGACCGCCCAGUUCCCGGCACCCAACAGCCUGGUCAAGUUCAACACGGUCGUCACCAACCCGCAGGGGCACUACGACACGAGCACGGGCAAGUUCACCUGCCGGGUCCCCGGCCUCUACUAUUUUGUCCACCACACGUCGCAGACGGCCAACCUCUGCGUGAACUUGCACCGCAGCGGCGUCAAGGUGACCACCUUCUGCGACCACAUGUCCAACAGCAAGCAGGUCAGCUCGGGCGGUGUGCUGCUGCAGCUGCAGGCGGGCGAGGAGGUGUGGCUGGCCGUCAACGACUACAACGGCAUGGUGGGCGUGGAGGGCUCCGACAGCGUCUUCUCCGGCUUCCUGCUCUUCCCUGACUAAGCGCCAGGCCUGCUCCAGUCCUUCCGUUUCCCUGCAUGGACCUGCCAUGCCCAUCAGCCUCGGCAUCCCUGCUCGGACCAUUCUUCCCCUUCCUCCAGGAAGCCCACCCUGACUACUCCCCUGCCCCAUGAGUCCUCUCCCUUCUCUUAAACAGUACCUUCUGGUAUUUGCAUUUAUUUUCUCUGGGUCUUGGAAGAGGCUAGGAGAGACACCAAUAAAGAAUUCAGUCAAUCAA